AAGGUUGUAGUGUUUCUCGGUCACGCACAGCGACUGAGGAACUUGUCCAUGUGGAAAAGAUGAAGUGCUGAUUGUAGCGAACUGUUACAGAAAAGUAGGCGAAUAUAGAUGUCACCUUGAUACAUACAGUCUACUACUCAAUGGCGAGAGCAUGAUAGGCAACAACACCGGGACAGUGCCCUUCGCUCCCACUUGACAAGACUGUCCAGCAACGGUGCGGGAAAUAGCUACCGAGUAGCCAAUAUCAGGGUGACAGUCACAAUCUAGUAGCUACAUCAUUAUACUCAGCAUGGCAAGUGAGCAGGAGGUAGCAGCAGUUGGCAAGAUUCUGGUCAACCCAAAGCAGGACCUGACAACACGGUUCAGAGCUCUCUUCACCUUGCGUAACCUGGGCGGACCAGAGGCCAUCGAAUGGAUCAGUCAGGCUUUUGUUGAUGACUCUGCUCUGUUGAAACAUGAGCUGGCAUACUGCCUGGGCCAAAUGCAGGAUGAGAGGGCCAUACCCACGCUAGAGACUGUUCUAAAAGACACAACACAGGAGCCUAUGGUCAGGCAUGAAGCAGGUGAAGCAUUAGGAGCUAUUGGGAACCUCAAGGUCCUUGACUUGCUGAAAGAGUACUCAGAGGACCCAGUCAUCGAGGUGGCAGAGACGUGCCAGUUGGCUGUUAGGCGGCUGGAGUGGCUGAUAUCUGGUGGGGACCAGAAAGGAGAGGAGGUCACCGAUGGAAACCCCUACUGUUCUGUGGACCCUGCUCCCCCAGCCCAGAGGAAGACUGUCCCUGAGCUGAGAACACAGCUCCUGGAUGAGAGCCUGCCGCUGUUUGAGCGCUACAGGGCCAUGUUCGCCCUCCGCAACCUGGGCACCGAGGAGGCUGUCCUGGCUCUAGGAGAUGGUCUUCAGUGUAGCAGUGCCUUGUUCCGCCAUGAGAUUGGCUACGUCCUGGGUCAGAUCCAGCACCCAGCCAGCAUCCCCCAGCUGCAGGCAGCCUUGGAGCUGGACGGGGAGAACGCCAUGGUGAGACACGAGUGUGCCGAGGCCCUCGGAUCCAUCGGCAAGGAGGAGUGUAUGAAGAUCCUGGAGCGCUACAGGAAAGACACAGAGCGCGUGGUGAAGGAGAGCUGUGAGGUAGCCCUGGACAUGCUGGAGUAUGAGAACGGCACACAGUUCCAGUACGCUGACGGACUACUACGACUGCAGGGGGAGCAGUAAGCAUGGACACCAGGAGAACUGCUAUACAGCACCAAAAGAGCUUUCUACAGAGGUCAUAACUCGUGAUCACUUAUACCCAUUUUCACUUAUUAAAACUAUCUGACUCUCGCCUGUCAUUAUUAGCCUUUAUGAGACAAGGCAGUAUAAUAAUUGUAUUACAGUACAUCUAAAGCCAUGUUGUGGUUAAUUUAUUUAUUGUUUUCAUGGAAUCUAUAUGAUUAAAUGGUCAAUGGUUCAAUACCCCCCCCCCAAGCUCAGUGAACCAUUCACAUGUAUUUUGUAUUCCGAGUGAUCUGAUCAUAAGCAUCUGAAAUCAGGAAACCUGAUUGUCGAAGAUUGUUAAUCCACUUUUCUGCUGUGUCAUAUUCGCAUAGAUUUUUAUCUUGUCGGAAAUAAAGGCUUAGAUAACAAAAUGA